AUGCUAUAUAUUGCCCAUCACAGAAUCACGUGUGUUAUAAAAUCCUUUUUGUCACCACACCACAGUGAGUUUAUACUUAGUACAGAACUAACCGGCCAGGCAGAGCAUCCACCAGAGAUAUAUACACACCAAGAUGAGUGAGAAAAAUGGCGAGAACAAGUUGUUCCUUGGAGGGUUGAGCAUUCACACGGGCAAAGAAAGCUUGAUGACUUAUUUUGGUGACUUUGGUGAAGUCGUUGAUACCGUAGUGAUUAUGGAUUUAGAGGGAAAAUCACGUGGUUUUGGAUUCGUCACAUUUGGUGAUAGAGAUGCCUAUAAUAAGUGUUUGGAGACUACACAUGAGAUUGAUGGAAAAUCGGUUGAGGUGAAGCGCGCAGUACCUAAAGGAGAGUCAAGAGGAUCGAGUGGAGGUGGUGAAAGUUCUGGUUCUGCCAGGACUACCCGCGUCAAGAAGUUGUUCCUUGGGGGACUUUCCCUCGAGACCUCGGUGGAGAACAUACAGGAAGCUUUGCUGCCAGAGUUUCCCGCGGACACUUCUCUCACCGUAACCAUAAUGACUGAUAAGGAUACCGGAAAGCCAAGGGGAUUUGCUUUUGUCACUGCCGAACCUCCUCCUGAUCGAUCAGACGAUUGUAUAUACGAUGCUGUCGAUGAAAUCACCCAAAAGAAGUUCAUCAAAAUAUUGGAUCGUUCCGUGGAAGUGAAAGGUGCCGUACCUAAAGAUGAGAUCAGUAGGAGAAGUGGCGGUGGAGGUGGUGGUGGUGGUAGGGGCCAGCAACGUCCCUCAAGUGACUAUGGCAGCAGCAGAUACGGUGGUGGUGGUGGUGGUGGCGGCUAUGACGAUGCAUACUCUUCUUAUCAAAGAGCCUCAUAUGAAGCAAUGCGCGAUUACUACGCUCGCAGCAGGGAAUAUGGAAUGGCUGGGUACCCCGCAAUGUCAAUGCCAAGCUAUGACAGAGGAGCUGGAGCCAGUAGCUAUUAUCCUGAUUCUUCUGCUAGUGCUAGCUACCCUGCAUACUGGAUGGGAGCUGGCUACCAGCAGCAGACUGAUGGCUAUCAACAGACUGGCUCUAAUUAUGGCCCUACCCGCGGGUAUGGUGAUACGAGCUCGAGUGAUAGGAGAGAUCGAAGCUCCUCCUCUCAUUCCUACCACCCCUACAGCAGACGAUAAACACGUCGUUUUGACAGGACUUAGCUUGUAGACUAGCGUAGCUGUGGAUGGAGGGUAGAGAAGCUAGCUCCUGUCAAGAAAUCUGCACUAAUAACUGGACUCCAUUGUUUUUUCUAUACUGUAUAUACGUACGUGUAUUGUAUCAUCACGCACACACACACACACACUAUUAAUCUUUGUAAGUUUCUUUCUUAAAAUUUUUUUGCUGAAAAUCAGCGGCUUUA